AUGCCCUCCGAUGUCCAUCCGUCCCGAGCACGGUCAGCGCCCUUGGUGGUGCUGUCCGGUGGACUCAUCUCUCACAUACAUACCGUCAUGGGCUUCCUCGCCUUCUUCGGCGCUCUCAUCACCGCACUCUCACUCCACUAUCCAAAGGUUGUCAAGAACCACGUAGCUCAGUAUCCCGACGAAUGGUGGCCUUCCGUAUCCGCCACCAUCGGCGACUGGUAUCCGGAGCGCAACAUCUUCCAGGUAGGAAUCGCACUGAUGGCAGGUCCGCGUUUUGCGCUCGUCUUGCUUUCCGCGCUCCUCGUCUCGCUCUCUACGCCGAUUCCAUCUCCCAAAGCAUCUAUCCUGCUCUGUGUCGGUGUGCUAAGGACCUUGGCCUGUGGCGGCUGGGUUUACGUGACCAGCACCGACGAUCAUCUCGUUCACGACAUUGCCAUGUUCGUCUACCUCGCGCUCACCCCACCAUGGAUGUUCAUCACCAGCGGCAGCCUUGCUCAGCCCCCUUCUGUGAAGAAUGCGGCCAAAACGGACGACCAGCUCGCUUCCAAAGCUCGCAAGAUGCGUAGGAUCGCCUGCUUCUCUUUCUUUGCUUGCACGCCUUUCAUGGGCUUUUUCUUUUAUAGACACAACGCGCUCCGCAUUCCCGGCGCCUAUUCCUACUACGCUUACUUCGAAUGGGGUCUCAUCAUCUUUGAUCUCUUGUUCGACGCGGCGAGCGUAUACGACCUCUCACGCUUCCAGAUCCACAUUGUCGAAGCACCGCUGCCUGAUGCUCCUUCACCACCUGCAACGAAUCUGAGCACCACACAUGGUCCAGAGGAGAAACGCCUCAUUGACGGCGCCUGGAUACGUGGAGGAAGGAGCCAGGCUAUCGCUUCCGGCGCUUGGUCCGCCGCUCAUUCCGACUCUUUAUCAGAUGGUCCUACAAGUCUCAAAGCAAUCGUCUCGCUCAUUUCUGACUGCUACCUUGCCUUCUGUUUUUGGACGGCUCUCACUGCUCUGCAUCCGAUGAUUUUCUACUUUAGUGUCUACAACCUCGCUAUUGGUGGUCACGAGGCGCUGCUCAUCUCUCAGGUCAUCGGCCUUGGUCUCACCCUUGCGGUCCCUGCACUCCGAUCCUGUGUUCGUCGACAAUUGGCAGACGGAGCAUCCACCGUUGGACCCAUCUCAUCGCAGGCAAAAGCGCUCGGCUGGCUCUUGUCGCUCGUCGGUCAGGCAAGUUGGUUUGUUGCCGAUCCUCUUGUUCGACUCAUUUCUGUCGCUUUCUCGAAUGCGCUUCUAGCCGUCUUGCUCGCUCUUGAAUGGGGUGCUGCCUGGGAAUCUGAUCAACUUUCGGUAAAAGUUGGAAUCUGGCUCAUCGGUCUACUCGCUUCCAACCUCGCCAAGUAUGCCAACCACAGCAACAAUCCUGCUUGGCCCUUCAUGGACUCUACCAACGGCGGCCACAAUGUUGUCUUCUUGGCACUCGCCCUCCUUGCUGUCACCGAGACGGCGCUUCGACCCAAGUACAGUCAUUUGCCCGUCGUACGACAACGUCAUGGACGACAGAGCGUCACACCUACCCAACACAACCGUGUAUCCGUCAGCAGCGAGCAGCCAGGUAGCUUUUACCUUGCGGCCCUCGGUGCUGGCGCCUUACUGUAUGCUGUACACACCUUCUUAACAGACACAGGCACUAUGAUUGCUUGGGGCUGGACUGGCUAUCCGAUAACCGGUCCCAUGGCUAUUCCUCAUGGCUGCAUUAUUCUCAUCACCAUGGCUUUUUCGUCGCUCGCCGCAACGCGCUGGAGCACAUUCGGAUAUCGUCUCAGUCUGUUCCUCGUGCAGUGCGGCUCAGCGGCCUUGCUCCACCUCACCGAUGACUGGGGCAGCUUCGCUGGCGCCAUCGGAAUAGCGCUCAGCCUUCCGGCCCUCUCUUUUCCACUCAUCUCGGCUGCCAUGCAUCACGAUCCCAUCAAGGUGAUGCUCUUCGCAUGGCUUGUCGCCAAUUUGCUCACCUUCUUCGGCGUCCUGACCGUCGCUUACGCCUUUGUACCAGGCGGCAAAAUCAUGAGGGAGAGGACAGGCUUGAUGCUGGUAGUACACCUCAUGCUCCUCGGCGGCGGUCUUAUCAACGCCCGUAGUGUCGAUCUGAGACGUCUCAGCUCGCAGCGUGAUGCAGAUGGACCAUCCCGCCACCACGCAAAGCCUUCCAACAGCAAGGAAGCCAAGACAGAUUCGAGCCGGAAGGCAGCGCAGUCCGGGUCAUCCUACUACAUCUGUCUAUUUAUGGCAUUCAUCGGGCUCGUCGGAAAUCUUGUACCGCUGUAUCGCAUUGUUCCUGCAUCUUCAAUUGUUCCACAUCAUCCUCAGGAACGCUUGGUGACGGCAGGAAUGUGGACAGUUCAUUUUGCGCUGGAUCAGCACAUGCGCGACAGCUCACGACGCAUGGCAUCAAUCAUGAAGACGCUCGAUAUGGACCUCUUUGGACUGGUUGAGUCAGAUCUCCACCGACCGGUCUUUGGAAAUAGAGACCUCUCCCAGUACCUUGCGGAAGAGCUCAAGAUGUACGCAGACAUCGGUCCUGCUCCAAGCAAAAACACGUGGGGAGCAGCGCUGUUCUCCAAAUUUCCUAUCAUUAACUCGACACAUCACCUGCUUCCAUCGCCCGGCGGUGAACUUGCGCCUGCCAUUCAUGCAGUCAUUGAUCUGUAUGGCACUCCGACGCAUGUGAUCGUUUCGCACAAUGGCCAGGAAGAAGACCCUCUGGACAGAGAACUGCAAACCACCGAGAUAGCGCGCAUCUUGCGCGAAGCUUAUCCGCAUCCUGCCAUCUUUUUGGGCUACGUCGUUACCAAACCUCAUGCGGAACGACCAGCACCGUACAAGAUCCUGUUCGAGGAUGGCAAGAUCCAGGACGUGGAGCCAACAGAUUUUGGUAGAUGGUGUGAAUAUCUUGGCCUACGCGGUCUGGAAAGGAUAUCGUAUGUCAGAGUGUCUAGGUACACUGUUACCGACACCGAGUUGCAGACCAUGAAGUUGGUCGUGCCAAAGGAGCCCAUUGAUCCGGAUAGAAAUGACUUGACAAAUUUCGUCAUUGCCGAGACGUAUCCCGAGUCGAUGCGUUAUCCAACUUCGCUCAUCGACCCAGACGCAUUCGUCUAUGACAAGCACAUUUAUUCACCAUAUCCAUGGCCGAUCUACUACGGACGUCCUACUCCAGACUUCUGA